UCGAUCAUCUCCACACACAACCGUGAUCCUUGCCAAACUCUCCCGUCCGUCUCCGCAACCAUGACCAAACAAACAACCAUCAUCAAUGGCUUCAACAACAACACUACUACAACACCUCCUCAUGUUGUUAUAGUGCCACUAAUGGCACAAGGACACAUAAUCCCGAUGCUUGACAUGGCACGGCUGCUGGCUGAGCGCGGGGUGCUCGUCACCUUCAUCACAACCCCAGUGAACGCGUCGCGCAUCAAACCGAUCAUAGCCCGCAUGCACGAGUCCAACCUUCAUAUAAACUUCAUCGAGCUCCCUUUCCCCUGCGCCGAAGCUGGCCUUCCCCUCGGCUGCGAAAAACUUUAUGUUUUUCAGCUGCAUAAGAUUUAUGAGACUGUUACUGACGAGUUUGAGGAAAUUGCUGUGCCCGGCUUGACUGAUAAUGAUGAUGAUGUUGUUAGUCAGAGCUUUAAGGUAUGUAAAUUGCACGCACCAGGGUGGUUUAACGCACCGGGUUUGGAGAAGUUACGUGAUGAGGCUUUGCAUGCAGAGGAAACUGCUGAUGGAGUGGUCUGUGCUUUUAUGUUAGUUUUUGGUAGUUUGGCACGGAUGAAAGUGGGACAGAUAUUAGAGAUUGGGUCAGGACUAGAGGCUUCUGGGGUUCCUUCUAUUUGGGUCAUCAAGGAUGUGGAGAUGUGUUCGGAGGUUGAAGAGUGGUUGGAAGGGUUCCAGAAGAGGAUGAGUUUGAGGAGUUUUGUUAUCAAGGGAUGGGCUCCACAAGCCGUGAUACUCUCACAUAAGGCUGUUGGUGGUUUUGUUAGUCAUUGUGGAUGGAACUCAACCUUGGAAGCAGUGUCAAAUGGUGUGCCAAUGAUCACUUGGCCGCAGUUUGUAGACCAGUUCUUGAAUGAGAGGUUGGUUGUGGAGUUGUUGAGGAUUGGAAUUGCUAUUGGAGUGAAGAAGCCUGUGUUUUAUUAUGGUGAGGAUGAGAUUCCGGUUAAGAAGGAUGACGUGGAGAGGGCUGUGAGGAGUUUGAUGGGUGAUGGCGUGGAGGCCGAGGAGAGGAGGAUAAGGGCUAGAGAGAUUAAAAAGAAGGCUAUUAAGGCCAUGGAAGAAGGUGCAGGUUCUUCUUAUGAGAAUAUUACUAGGUUCGUUGAAUACAUCAAGCAUGAACCUUGCAAGGAUGUGCAAGGGACUGCAGUUUAAUAAAUUUGUAUGUACUUCUGAUAUAUUUUGCAUCUAGAACUUUGUAUCUCCUUCAAUAUAAGGCAAUAAAUAAAAAUAGA